UGAACAUUCAGUCGAUCAAGUGGAGCGGAGCAGACAUGACGGACUUCGAUCCUACUGAACACCAGCACAUACGCUACAACCCGUUGAAGGAUGAAUGGGUUCUGGUGUCUCCUCAUCGCUGCAAGCGACCCUGGAGCGGGCAGACGGAGGAGGUGGUAGACGAGACUCCGCAGACCAGCAACCAGCUGAUGCCUGGAGCUGUGAGAGCUACGGGACAGAGGAACCCCAACUACACGUCAACUUAUGUCUUCGAGAACGACUUCCCUGCGCUUCUGGAGGAUGUACCGUCACCGUCAGUCGCUGACCAUCCGCUGUUUCAGUCUGCACAAGCCAGAGGCACGUGUAGGGUUAUGUGCUUCCAUCCAGACCCCACCAAGACUGUUCCGCUUAUGACGGUAGAAGAAAUCUUAGCGGUAAUUCAAGAGUGGGUUAAUCAAACAUCUGAGCUAGGUGCUCGUUACACCUGGGUCCAGGUGUUCGAGAACAAGGGUGCCGUGAUGGGCUGCUCUAACCCUCACCCACACUGCCAAAUCUGGGCCUCCAACUUCCUGCCCAAUGAGGCUAGGGUGAAAGACAGAUGCCAGAAGGAAUACUUCAACAAACACAACAAACCUUUGUUGGUUGACUAUGUUGAACAGGAAUUAAAAAAGAAGGAGCGUAUAAUAUGUGAGAACGAGGAAUGGGUGGCGCUUGUGCCGUACUGGGCAACGUGGCCUUACGAGGCCAUGCUGUUACCUCGUAACGGACGGCCUCAGAGGAUGACAGACCUCAGUGCAGAGCAGAAGAAUGGCCUGGCCUCGAUCAUGAAGAUGCUCACUACGAAAUACGACAAUCUGUUCAAGUGUAGCUUCCCCUAUAGCAUGGGUUGGCAUGGUGCGCCUACGGGACAAUCACACUCUCCCGGGGAUUCCCCGCAUUGGGUGUUCCACGGAUUGUAUUACCCGCCACUACUGCGUUCUGCUACUGUGAAGAAGUUCAUGGUUGGUUACGAGAUGUUGGCGCAAGCGCAACGAGACCUCACACCCGAGCAGGCAGCUGAAAAACUUCGAAUGUGUAGUGAUACUCAUUACAAGAAAUAACAAAAUAAAUAAAAUAUAAUUAU